GCAGUAUUUUCCUACCACGUCCCCCCUUGCUUACUCGAGUACAUCCGAGUACUGAUGCAAUUUUGGACAACACCGUCCUUCUCAUGACCAAGUACUCUAUAGAAUGGUCAUGAUACUAUCCCACUGUCCCUAAAAUCAAUCCAUCCCGUCAUGGGACUUGUACGGCAACUUGCAAUUGGAGUUCUGCUCAUCGCAAUUCUUGUAUUUUCGGCCUUCUUUGGUAGACUGCCUGCAUUGAGGUAACACUUUAGUCCCGAGCUCUGAACCCGUUGAUUUUGUUGAUACUCAUUUCUUCAAGGAAUACACCUGUUGGUACCUGUUACCGCAUAAUUGUGAGUGUCUUUCCGAUAUCACCCUUACGGGUAGUUUUUAUACGACUGCAUAAUAGAUACUCUUAUGAACACAUUUCAAAUCCCCUUGCCACCUACCUAACCAUCAUGCUCCUGCAUAAUUUCUGAUUCCAAUUAUGAUGGUUUAUAGUGGAUUCAGAUACCGAAUGGCUUCGGCAGGGUCGAUCAGCUUUUGACCGGGGGACGUAUAAGCCUUUGGACUUCGAAAGUUGCUCACCAUCUUUGGAAUGAUCGACAUCCUCUUGUUAUGGUAUGCUAUAAUACCCCCUUCUUCCUUCAAAUUUGGUGGUCAAUUCUGCUCCUACCAUACGACUCCUCAGUAUAACUGAUAGACCAUAGAUAUUUUUUAUAUUGCUUCUCUCAGUCUGCGAGAUUCUCUUUCUCCCACCAGCAUGGAAGCUUCUGAGCAACACUCGAAAGUUCAUCGGAGCUAUUCUCGUAAUCCUUCCUUACGUUUUACUCUACGCAUCAGCGGCAAGUGAUCCUGGCUACCUUACACCAGCGAAUCACAGCCAUGAAAUGUCACUUUAUCCCUACGACUUUACGAUAUUCGAUCCUGGCAAUACCUGCCACACGUGUCGCCUCCUCAAACCAGCUCGUUCAAAGCACUGCUCAAUUUGCAAACAUUGCAUCUCAAGAAUGGAUCACCAUUGUAUAUUCAUCAACAACUGUGUUGGCUACAACAACAUACACUGGUUUCUCCUGCUCCUCUUCUUCACUGCCACCCUGAUUUCCUAUGCAACCUAUGUUGGGUUCUCACUGCUCGACGCUGAGAUCUUGGCAAAUCUCUCAUCCUGGACGAUAUACGGGAAAGGUUUUACCUGGUCUGAGUACUUCACCAUCUGGGCUUGGGCAUUACAAGAAUAUACCCGAAUCGGCAUAGUAACCCUGAUGUGUUUCCUCACUGGACCGCUCAUUUGGAUACUACUCGGCUACCACAUUUACUUGAUCUGGGCAGGCACCACAACCAAUGAAUCGAUGAAAUGGUCAGACUUGAAUGACGACAUGGCCGAUGGGUUUGCUUUCAAACGCUCGAUUCACAUGGCCCGCCAAAAAGAUCCUUGCGUUGAAUCGAUGCACACGACCUGGCCAGCUGAAAGUCAACAAAUUGUGGUUAGGACUAGGGAUGGAUUGCCGCCCAAAACCUCGAAGCAGCUUGUUGGGACUGGGGAGUGGGAGAGGGUGUGGCGGUUAGCGGAUGUGGAGAACUUGUAUGACUUGGGCUUCUGGGAUAACUUGAAGGACGUGUUUUGGAAAAGGCGCUGAACAUGGCUUUAGAAGCAUGUAUAACCAGUUUACAUCGACUCUUUUUUUGGAAGUUUUAACUUAUAAUUGAUACGUUAUCA